CUGCAACACUCAUUAUGGAAGAAAAUGUGGUCAGUAUUACCCUUGCCCUCGCAAGAGACGACACCAAGAUCCUUUGGUAUCUACUAUUCAAUUCAGCACUAUCAUAUUUUGUGAAUUUAACCAACUUUUUGGUCACAAAACACAUCAGCGCCAUGACUUUACAGGUUCUAGGAAAAGCGAAAGGAGCUGUAGCUGUGAUUGUUUCAAUUUUGAUUUUUAGAAACCCAGUCUCCGUCACCGGAAUGCUUGGUUAUGCACUCACGGUCUUCGGGGUUAUACUCUACAGUGAAGCCAAGAAACAAAGCAAAUGAGAGAUCCUAGGAAUACAAUAUGUAUGCGAUCGAUGUAUAUUUUGUUACCUUUAUCGCGAGGACAGCAACAAUGUUCAGAGAGGUAGGUACGUCUGGGGCCAUAUGGUAGCAUAUGAUGCCAUGGAUUUUGUGCCUUGGAUUCAAUUCUUUCUUUACCUUGAAGCCUGGGAAACUGCAUUUUCCUACGAACAGGCAACAGCUGCUGGAUUUAGUCAAAACUUUGAAACUCCAAUAAGUUACUGAUUGGUCUUUAUCAUUCCCAGCUCUUGGUUGUAGAGGAAUAUCGUUUUUAUGGUUUUUGAUUCAUUCAGGGAAAAGUUGUAAAAUUGCUGUUGUUACACAGUCGAUACGUUGUUAAAUUUCCAAUGUUG